AUGCCUACUAUUAAUCAGUUAGUUAAAAAUCCGCGGGUGCCAAAACCAAAAAAGACCAAAUUAUUAGCCUUAAAGGCUAAUUGGAAUUCACGAAAAAAGAAAUAUUCUGCUGCCAACAAUCCCCAGAAAUCAGGGAUAUGUAAAAAAAUAGGAGUUAUUAAGCCACGUAAACCUAAUUCCGCUAACCGUGCCUAUGCUCGAAUUGUGCUGAAAAACAAAAAAGAAAUUACCGUUUAUAUUCCCGGUGAAAAACAUAAUUUACAAGAAUAUUCAUCAGUUUUAAUUAGCGGUGGUGGCGCUCAGGAUUUACCAGGAGUAAAGUAUAGUGUUAUUCGCGGUCGGGGUGAUGCAGAGGGAGUAAAAGACCGCAAACAAGGCCGCUCUUUAUAUGAAAUAACAAAAAAUCCAGAAAAACAUUUAAUUAAAUUAGACAUUGACGGAACUAGCACUAAUCCUGACUUUGCCACUUUAAAUCAAAAACUAAAAGAAGUUUUACAAAAAUUAAUAAAACAAGGUCAUAAAAUCUGCUUUACUACCGGACGGAAUUAUUUAUCAGCCUUACCUUUUUAUCAAGAAGUUGGUUUAGAUACUUUUUUAGUUACUUAUAACGGAGCCUAUAUUAAUAACCCUUCGGACGAAAAUAAUAAAGAAGUAGUGGUUUUCCAUCCUAUCAAAAAUGAAAUAGUAAAAGACAUUUUAAACGAACCAAUAAUUAAAGAAAAUAUCUGCAAUGUCAUGAUAGACCAUGUUGGCGGAUUAAAAAAAGAUAACCGAAUAGAUUUAAAAACUAUCAGCACUAGUGAUGAUAUCUAUUAUCGAGAAAUAUUUUUCAAUAAUAAUUCUUUUGAUAAGGUUGCUAAGGAAGAAAAUAUUUUGCAACUUUUAGGAAAAAAAGAUGCUUUACAAUUAGUUUUAGAAUUUCCAUUUCCGAAAGAUGAAGGAAUGUUUAAUGAAAUUUUGUUAAUUUUGCGAGCAAAAUACAGCGAUGCCAUCACUUUUUAUUUUGGUAUGGCAACUCAAUAUAAUAUUGGUCUGCAUAAUGUUAUUGCUUUUGGUAAUGAUGUUAAUGACAUAGAAUUAGUGCAUAGUGUUGGCAAAGGUAUAGUUACAGCCGACAGUAAUGACUACUUAAAGACCUAUGCUUAUGGCAUAACCGAUUUUGGAAUGUUUAAUAGUGACGGCGUGGCGAAAUAUUUAGAAAAAUACUUUAAGUUAAAAAAAUAA